AUGGCAGGUUUUCUUCGUGGCUUUUACUCUCUCAGCGCCCUCUACAUCGACUCGGACCACGACGUCGCAGUCAUUGCCUCCCGGAAAGCCUUGGAGCUCGCAUUGCUCAACAAGGUUCACGAAGCAUGCUCAAUUCUCGAAAUUAUCGCACACGAAAGGUCUGAAACAUACCACGAUCGUCCAUUCAUUCGACUUGUUUCCGAAGGUGUUUAUUUUAUGUAUGAAGGUGCCGGGCUUUCACCACCGGCCGGACUAGUUGCGGAGAUAGUAUUCGAUGAGGAAAAUCUGGAAUCUCUAGAGCAGGAAUUACUUCAACGGAUACCAUACUUACCGGAAGAUCUGACUUUCGGCAAAGGUAGCACAGAAGAAGAUUUUGGGAAAUUGAAAACAUGGGUACAGAACGUCGAGUCGGAACGAGGGAGCAAUGGGGGCUUAGAUGCGACCACGGGGCAUGAUGCAAUGCUUCUUUCUUCCGGCCUAGUCGGUCUUUUGUGCAUUGCAUUGCACCUCAACAAAUUUAGCGAGGCCGACGGCAUUAUGACUCGCAUUGUCAGCCGUCUUGAUGCAAACAAGCAAUCGGAGUAUCUAACUUACAUCAGGCCUGCAUGGAAGCAAUACUUUCUCUCUGGCUGGUUACGUGAUAAAAUCGGAGUAUCAGAUGAUGAGCUCAAACAGUAUGCGGAGUUCGUCCGCGACACGACAAAGCAAAGGCUACAAGAUGGUAGACUCCGAGCCAGCGAUGUAUUCAAGGGUAGACCUUUAGUCGAAAUGCUUGAAGAGCUUGAUAGGAAUACACUGCGGUUCCCAAAGCUAUACGAAGAGUACGGAUACGUAACAGACGAUGACGAUGAGCAAACAGAAGGCCAAGCUGGAGGACAAAAUGCAAUAUUUACUGCCCCAAAAACUAUUUUGCGAACACCAGCAACUACAGCUCGAAUUAAGGAAGUGGAGCUAAGACUAGGCUGUUCACUGCCAGAGGAUCUUAAAGAGUUUUACGCUCUUACCAACGGUACGCGCCUCGUUGUCUCAGGUCCUUAUUUGGGGCUUGAGAGACCCUUUCCCAAAGUUGAGCUUCUAUUGUGGGAAGAAAGCCCAGAUUGGAUGAGCAGUUAUCAAUUAGAACUUCUCCCUGGGGCCAGACUGUCUGCGUCCAUCGAGUGGCCGAAUAUUGAUUGUGGGGGAAUCGCGAUGUACGAAAAUGACGGGCAGGGCACGAAGUAUUUAUGGUAUUUUCAGGGAGAAUUGCUGGAGAAAGCGAAAAGUACCUUGGAGAAGGCCUAUAGUGAAGCAGCGGAGCCGGGAAAAAGAGUCCUAGAUAACCUGGUGAAAGAGUACCAUGGAAGCUGGGCACAGUUGAGAAAUUUGCAGUCUUGCUGGUAUCAGCAAGGAUGGGGUGGGCCCGGUUUGAACGUUUUUCACAAUUUCCGGGACUAUUUGAGCCUUGUGGUACUUGAGAGUUACUUCUAA